AUGGCUGGCCCGGGUGGUGGUCCUCCUCGCAAGAGCCACACCAAAUCUCGCAACGGAUGUAAGACGUGCAAGAGGAGACACAUUCGCUGUGAUGAGACCUUCCCACAAUGUCGCAAUUGCACCAAGCACAACUGUCGAUGUGACUACCAGGACUCAACGACGCAAAUCAGUCCCCCUCCAACACGGCGGGGUCCUGAUCUGCUGAUGUCGCCCGCGAUCGAAAUGGAGAUCGAGAACUGGCACCGAACCGGUGUCCCUCCCUACCCUGAGUUGGUUCAAUGUCCCCCGUCUGGGUGGUCGCAUCUAUCGCGCCAGGAUCUGCGUUUGGUCCAUCACAUUAUUGGCCUUUCGAUCGAUUUGCAUCGGCGUGGUCUGAGUAGCUGCACCGCCUGGGCGCAGAAGAUGCCCAACUUCCUUGCCAUUGCCCUGUCUAAUGAAUUUGUUAUGAGCUCGAUUUUGGGUUUGUCGGCAUUUCACCUCGCCUUCUUGACUCGAGAUCAGGAAACCAAGCAGUUAGCUUAUCACCACAAGAUGACUGCCCUCCGGGGCCUGCAGACAGCCAUCGGCUUGUUUUCCAAGGAGAACUGCGAGGCUGUUCUUGCCGCCUCCAUUCUGCUUUCAUGGCAAGCAACCGAACGCCAAAUGUGGAUGUCCUUGCAACAGGGCAUCUCAACCGUUCUCGAAUCGAUGCACCCCUUCUGGAAACAGGAAUCCGAGUUAGCACAAUUCGUCGAAAACCAACGCGCUCUCAGCGCAUCUGAUUUCCCCUUGUCCCUUGACGACGAUCUAAACUCACUAGAUCAAACCGCUCACGCUCUCGAGCUCGCCCAAAAGCGAGUAUCCCACAACCCAGAGCACGCUCAACGACUAGCGGAACUCGUCGAAUUCGUGCAGCACUUCCGGAAUGACUACCCAACACAAACAUCCGAGCAAGCCUUUGAGCGCAUCCAGAUUCUCCGACGCUGGCUUUUCUGGCUCCCUGCGUCGAUGCUCCGAGGCAACGACUCCGAUUUCACCGCUCUAGCCAUCCUCUCCCAGUUCUUCGCUGUCGGCGUAGCCCUCGACCGAUUCUACCCCGAAAUGGAAGGAGCAUAUCUAGGCGGACUGUCCAUCGGCCCGAUCGAAGAAAUAUACCGCAUCCUCGCAGCAAACAGUGCAACAGAUCCAUACAACGCAGAACUUCGCCUGGGCAUGGCCCUUAUGGACCUACCACGGCGCAUUGUUGCCCGCUACCGUCUCCGAUUGAGUAUGUGUCCUCGCCCAUCGGUCGAGCAUUACUCCCCUGAUCCUUCAAGCCCAUACCACGGCAUGCAAGAAUACCCUAUCGCCUCAUCCUCUUCACCUGCAUCCGCUUCCCCCUCAUACGUCGCAUAUACCCCUCCGCUUCAAUCACCUCCCGCAGUCAAUGUCGCGGGCUCCCCAUUCCAUCUCGCGGAUGGCUAUGUCACCGCCCCUUCGCAUACUCUAUACCCUCCUUCUCCACAACUUCUCGAUGCGCACGACCCACAACUAAGGAUGUCUGAAUUGCGCCACACAAGUCUUUCAAAUCCGGCUUUCACUCCUCCUUAUGGUGAUGCCCUCUGCACAGAUAUGCCCCAGGAUGGAUCACUCGGCCUCAAUGUGGAUUUGUACCAACAAGCACAUCACUUCGAGAUGCCGAGUAUGGUUACAUCUGAGACCUGCUGGACAUGA